CCCCUUCUCUCUCACUUUCUUUUUUAUUCUUAUUCUUAAUAUUUACUCUACUAUUGCUGUUGCCGCCUAUUCCUUAUGUCUGCGCCUGUAGAUGACAAUGGUCAUCCGGUGCUUGCUUCUUCCUACUUACGCAAAACCCCCCCUCGUCAAUACUCUAUCAGAACGGAGAGCGGAUUAAGCAGAGCAUCGACUACAACCAGCAGCAACAGCAGCAGUUCUUCCUCGGCACGCUAUCCCAGCGACUCGACGAACAUGACCGGCUUUUCCAUCGAAUAUCUAAGCAACGCACCGUUGCCACCGCCACCGCCUCAUUCGUUACCAUCGCAACAACAACAACAACAACAGCAGCAGCAGCAGCAGCAGCACAAUAUGAACAUAAGUGACGACCAUUUCGACAUUAUUGACAGCUUAGAUUACGACGACGUGGACGAUGGAUUGAUCGACCACGAGAUGGUACACCGUCGUAGAGAAACACUCGUCCACCAAUUGCUCACGUCGGAACAAGCUUAUUUCAAAUCACUCCAAGUCGUCUCGCAGGUAUUCAUCGAGCCUGUGCGCAAGGAUGCAAAGCAAUCGUCGUUCGGCUUCCUUGGAAUGAAAAAAAUGAUCUGCACUGAGCGAGAAACACGCUGGCUUUUCGGCAAUUUCGAAGAUAUCCUGCAGGUCCACCGCGAGAUUCUAACCAGCCUUGAGGAACGGUUGCGCAUCUGGGGACCCACGCAGAUUAUUUCCGAUGUGUUUCAGAGCUGGUUUGCGCGGAUGGGUGCAUAUAAGGCAUAUCUCGAUAAUUACAGCACUGCUGUCACAACCUACGAGCGAUUAACUCGAUACCAGCCGUUCAAGAAAUUCAUCGACAAUGCUCACAAAGAUCCGUUACUCAAAGGCGCAACCUUACUGUCAUUGCUUCAAACUCCUGCAGGAUGCAUCAGUCGAUAUGCACAGCUCAUGACCAAGCUUGCGGAUGCUACGUCUCCGAUGCAUCCCGACUAUGUACAACUCUUACAAUGUAAGCAGCGCAUGCUUUCCAUCGCCGAAGAAAUGAAGACAAAAAUCGACGAUGCAGAUAAUGUUGAUCAAGUGCUGAUGAUCCAUCAGGCGCUCGUCGGAGCUCCGUUUGGGGUCAAGGCACAACGCCGUCUCGUGUUACAGAGUUCAAUGUCGAUAAGUGGCGAGGAACGUAUAUACAUCUUGUUCUCCGAUAUGCUUGUCUUUGUGCGACCAAAGCAGGAAGCGAACCGGACGUUGCUGCAGUUCAAAGGCAUGGUGGCGCUGGAGCGUGCGCGUCUCAGGCCUAUCGACCCGAGUUCCAUUGAAAUCACCUCGCCAUUCCAGGGCGUCGAUACACUUAAUACCACCUUUGUUGCUUCGGCUACAGCCCAUGUUUUACAGGCUGAAAGCCCUGAGGACCGAGACCAUUGGAUGGAACGUUUGCAUAAGGUCAUUGCGAAUCUCGACCGUGCGUCUGCUAAAUCUGCCAAUAAGCGACGUGUGGCACAAACCCGCAGUAAGGAUAGCCGGUCGUCAACAUCUUCCGACCGUACCUAAACAUAUGUACCAUGCCUGGACCUUGACCUUCUUGACCCCCCUCCCCUUCCCCGCCCCACCCCAACAAAUCUUCUAACUCUUCUUCCUCUUCCCGCACAAACCCUGUCCACUCUUUCUUAAUCCAUCAGCAACAACAACAACAACAACGAGGAGGAAAAAAUUAGACGCACGGGGUCGACCAGUCGCCGGCUCGACAAAAGCUCCGCGCAAUACCGAG